GAGAAGUUCUCACACCUCAUCUGCUGAAGGUUUCGGGAGUGCUAUAAAAAGUCAACAUUGCUCCCAUCUACUCACACAAACUUUUGGAUCAUCCUCCAAAAAACGUUCAGUAGGAUUUUAAAAUGUUCUCUAAAGCAGUAGCGCUGUUAGCCCUGGUAGCGGCAGGAUUAGCAGCUCCGCAAUACCGAACAGAGUCAUCAUCACCAUCAUCACCCCCAGAAGCGAUAGUAAGCAGCUCUUUCAACGGCCCGAACCCCGACGGUUCCUACCAAUACAAUUACGAGACCGACAAAGGAACAAAAGUCAGCCAAGAAGGUAGUAUGAUUCCCUCAAACAACCAGGAGAACAAAGACGGCGCCCUGUCAGUUUCCGGAGCGUACAGCUACGUUGGUGACGACGGUGUUCCUAUCCAGGUGACCUACGUCGCCGACGAAAACGGAUACCGACCCGCUGGGGAUCAUCUUCCAGUUUCUCCGCCGAUCCCUGAAGCGAUCCUCAAGGGUCUUGAGUGGAUCGCCGCCCAUCCAGAGGAAGACAAUCUCUGAUUAUAAAGUGAUUUAUCGUGUAUAAAUUACAAGAUGAUUAUUAUUAUUAUUAUUGAAGCGAUUACUAUUAAAUAUUACCGUUUACUAUCUACGACAUAAUAGCGAUUGCACGAUGUCACUGGUUGUUCUCAAACAAGAUCCUCAUCGAGAUACGACUCACUAUUAAUUAUUAUUUUAAUACCUGUGUAAGUGUGUGCGUGUUUUAUAAUUAUUGAAAAAUAUAUUGUUUUUUUUUUCCUUU